AUGACCUACUUCCGAAUCGUGUACCCUUACAUGUUACUGGCGACGGUGCACAGCUUCGGGUUGUUGAGAUUCGCGAUGGACAUAACGAUGGCAACGAGUCUGAACAUACAACUGGAGCUCAAAGCAGUAUGUCUGCGGACAGCUCCCGUAAAGAAUUUACAGCGCUCCACUCCCAACGUUUAA